AAGUGCAUACAAGCGAACCCUGCCGGUCCAAGAUUCGCAUUCGGUGGCUUGGGGCGGUUCUGGUUGUGGUUGUGGUUCUAAGGAUAAGGAAUCGAGGAAAUCCCUGUUGCAGCCAUGAGUUUAAACCUAAUUGGCGCAUUCAGAGGCCUCUCUCUGGCCCCUUCUUCUUCGUCCUCUUUCUUCAAAGGCGAUUUCGGAUCUAUUCAACUGCCUCCCAAGCUCUCCGUCUCGUUCCCUACCAGAUUCCCUUUAACCAUUGAAAAUGCACACAAGAAAGGAGCUGGAAGCACGAAGAACGGCCGAGAUUCUAAGGGCCAGAGGCUUGGCGUUAAAAUCUACGGCGAUCAGGUUGCCAAGCCUGGUUCUAUCAUCGUUCGUCAGCGUGGAACCAAGUUCCAUGCUGGAAAGAAUGUGGGGCUUGGCAAGGACCAUACAAUUUUCUCAUUGAUUGACGGGCUUGUAAAAUUCGAGAAGUAUGGACCUGACAAGAAGAAGGUGAGUGUGUACCCAAGAGAAGUGCAGCCUGAGAAUCCAAACAGCUACAGAGCAAGGAAGAGGGAGUAUUUCAGGCUGCAAAGAGAGCGCAAGAAAGCAAGAAAGGAAGGCACUAUUGCUCAACCCCAAUUAGUAUUAGCUUCCACUGAUGCUACAGAAACCAAUCCAGUUUGCUGAUUUCUAUAGGCAGCACUUCAAUCACUGCUUGUUUAAAAGCCCCGAUGAUCUUGCAGGAAGAAGGUCUGCUUCUCUAGCUUCACUUCUUUGGUUGUGCACAUAUAAUUUGCCACAUUCCUCACAGGAACGUGUUUCAUUAUUAUUCGCAAUUACCAAUUGUCGCUCUUGUUCUA